CAGAAACUGAAGCAGAGGCGCACGCGCCGCUCGGCUCUUCCUCCGUCAGCUUCGCUGCAGCUCGUCUGUCUGCCUGUUGUCAUGGAGGAGCCAAGAUGGCGGUCCUGGCCUAUAGCCUAGGCAAACGGGAAAUAAAUCAGUAUUUCAGCAUAAAAAAUGCAAAAUUGCUGUCUGUCGUCGCCGUCGUCCUUCUCACUGUGUUUCACUCGGCUUCACGACAUUAUGGAGGCAGUGACACGUGCGACUGGCUUUUAUCCAGUGGACGUUUUUUAGGGGACAAUGUAUGGCAGCCCUACGGUUGCAUGCUACACAAGUACAAAAGCACUGAAGCAAACCUUUGCCUCAGAGAGAAGAGAAUAGCUUUUGUAGGUGACUCUAGAAUACGUCAGCUCUUCUAUUCUUUCAUCAAAAUGAUAAACCCUGAGGUGAAAGAAGUUGGAAACAAGCAUGAAAACAUCCCCUUUGUAAACGGUGAUUCCACUGUGGACUUCCUGUGGUAUGCAGAAGUGAACAAUUCCUUGAAGGAGCACUUAAUGUUAUGGACAGAGGGAUCUGCUUCCAAACCACAUGUCAUCAUCAUUGGUGCUGCUACGUGGUCCAUUAAGUUGCACAACGGCAAGAGUGAGGCACUGUUUCAGUACAAAGCAAACCUCUCAGCUAUAUCAGACACACUGGAAAAACUAGCCGAGCACAGUGAAGUCUAUUGGGUUCUGCAAGAUCCUGUUUAUGAGGAUGUGCUAAGUGACAGCCGAAAGAUGAUCACAAACGAGCAGAUAAAUCUGUACAACGAGGCGGCGGUUAGUACUCUAAAUACCAGCAAAAAGAAGGUCAAGUUCUUAGAGGCUUCUCGGCAAGCUGCUAUGGAGACCAUUUCCCAGUCGGUGGAUGGCCUGCACCUUCCUGAGAGCACAAGAGAUGUUGGUGCCAUGGUUCUGAUGAACUCCAUGUGCAACAAGAUCCUGAAGCCCAUCGACGGCUCUUGCUGUCAGAGCGCUCCUCCACUAAGCGUCCUUCAGAAGCUAGCUGCUGGUCUCUUCCUGGUGUCCAUCAUCUGCUUCCUCCUACUGGGCUGUAGUAGACAUCAUAAGAGCAGGCCCACUCCUGAUGUGGAGAGCGGAGAAGAGAAGAAACCCUCUGUUGUGGGUCAACUCAACCUAAAGGGACCUUUACUGGCCAUCUGCAAAAUGAGCCUUAUCAUGUUGUACUUCUACAUGUGCGACAGGGCAGACAUCUUUAUGAAGGAACAGAAAUUCUACACACAUUCUACCUUUUUCAUCCCUCUUAUCUACAUCUUCGUUCUGGGCAUCUUCUACAAUGAGAACAGCAAAGAGACAAAACUCCUUAACAGAGAGCAAACAGACGAAUGGAAGGGCUGGAUGCAGCUGGUUAUCCUAAUUUAUCACAUUUCUGGAGCUAGUGCUUUCAUACCUGUGUACAUGCAUGUCCGUGUCCUGGUGGCUGCGUAUCUCUUCCAAACAGGAUAUGGACACUUCUCAUUCUUCUGGCUAAAGGGAGACUUUGGCAUUUACAGAGUGUGUCAGGUUCUCUUCAGGCUUAACUUUCUUGUGGUGGUGCUGUGUCUGGUUAUGGACAGACCUUAUCAGUUCUAUUACUUUGUGCCUCUUGUCACCUUUUGGUUUGCAGUUAUUUAUGCCACAAUGGCAUGGUGGCCACAGAUUCUUCAGAUGCAAGCCAAUGGUAGUGCAUUUUGGAAUCUGGCACUCUUGUUGAAACUUCUGGGUUUGCUUCUUUUCAUCUGCUUCUUUGCGUACUCACAAGAACUCUUUGAGAGUGUUUUCUCUGUUUGGCCCGUUUCAAAGCUCUUUGAACUGCAAGGUAGCAUCCAUGAGUGGUGGUUCAGGUGGAAACUUGAUCGAUUUGCUGUGAUCAAUGGGAUGCUCUUUGCCUUCAUAUACCUGCUGCUGCAGAAAUGUCAGCUGCUGUCUGAAGGCAAAGGAGAGCCUCUCUUCUCCAACAAGAUUUCCAACUGUCUGCUCUUCAUCUCUGUGGUUUCUUUUUUGACAUACUCCAUUUGGGCCAGUGGGUGCAAAAACAAGUCUGAGUGUAAUGAGAUGCAUCCAUACAUUUCUGUUGUCCAGAUUCUGGCUUUCAUUUUGAUCCGGAAUAUUCCUGGUUACGCUCGCUCUUUGUACAGCUCAUUCUUUGCAUGGUUUGGAAAGAUCUCCCUAGAGCUCUUCAUAUGCCAGUAUCAUAUCUGGCUGGCAGCGGACACCAAGGGCAUCCUGGUCCUCAUUCCAGGAAACCCCUCCUUAAACAUUAUCGUCAGCACAUUCAUCUUUGUCUGUGUAGCUCAUGAGAUCUCCCAGAUCACCAAUGACUUGGCCCAGGUGGUCAUUCCUAAAGAGAGCGGGACUCUACUGAAGAGACUGCUGGUUGCAGGAGUCUUUCUAGCGCUGGUACUGAUACUGUCCCAAAAAGAGUAACAGGAUCCUAAUAGAUCUGUGUGUAUAAAACAAAUAAACUCCACCAGCCUAGAACGUUUUUUCCUACGAGUCGAUCUAGGGAAUUCUUACGGCACUGGUCUGUAUACAAAACUCAAGCUGGAACGGAAGCCAAGGACUCAGGAGCAACAGUGAUUAAAGAAGGAUUCUUAAGCAGGUUGUUUGCAGUAGACAAAUCACACAGACUGUGUGCAGAUAAGUCAAGUACACCUGUGCUCCGUCCGCUCUUCUCUCAUAGCUUUGAGGUGUGUUUUAUGGGCAGUAUUUAAUAAUUUAUGUUAAUAUUUUAUACUGGGGGUCUGUGUUUGUGUCUCUUCAUUGUUUUCCCAUUCUGUUUUGUAAUUGAUGCCCACGACUGCAAAAUGUGAAGGAGUAAUACAUUCCUUAUAAAACUGACAGCGCGCCAUCGGCUCGUGCACCAAACAUUUCUGUACAAAAAAAAAAGUUUCAAUUCUUAUCACACCAGCAGCUUUAUCCUUCAGGUGAACAACCUCCAACCUUUGGAUUAUUGAAACGUGAAAAUCCAUUUAUUGCUCUUUUAAAAUGAACUCAAUGGCAGCGAAUUUGUUCUGCCUGCAUCAAUAUGUAUGCGAGAUGUGGAAAACGGGGUGGUGCCACUACUAAGGGAAUCCAUAAGCACAUUCUGCUUCCGUCAGAAUGUUUUCAUUUACUGGAGGAACAGCAUUUGAUGUGAAAUGUAAACUAUUAAGACAAAAUCAAUGUCAGAUUUGUUCAGACAGAUUCAGAACAUUAUGCAUUUGUGCCAGUUAUUUGUUCGUUUAUUUUUACCACAUGGGUUUAUUCUGUUCAUAUGAAUUCAGCUUAAAGAGAUAGUUCACCCAAAAAUGAACUCGCUCCCCCUUAAGGUGUUCC